UUAGGUAUUUUCUCACUUGGCUAGAUGCCCUCCACGCCGCCAUCUAGGUAGUCGUGGCCAGGCUCGGCGUUGUCCCGGCAUCUGCCGGCACGCAUCCUUGUACUUGUUCAAUUUGCGUUGGAUGAAGUAUUCACACAGUGGUUGCCUCUCAAGAUUAGGGUCACUUUUUCCCGUCAGCCUGCCUAAUGGCGAGACAGACAGACGGGCCCCACCCCCCGAAAAUGAAGCACUACCAGCGGGUGCAAUUCGGAUAUGCCACCUUGGAGGUGAGGUAGGUAUUUACCAAGCGACAGAAUCACUUAUCUUCAAUUCUCGCACUCUCCAGCUAUUUCCAGAUUCCGGAUUUAUUGCGAAGAGAUCUGGGUCCGAGUCGGGAAGGACCGAGUGUAGAAACACUGCUGCGCAACGUUUCAAAGUUAAAACUGUACAUCCGUUGGGUAUUUUCCUCGUCUUGGCUUGGCAUGGCAGGGGGUGUAAAUAUCGGUGUCUUGAGUGGGAGGUCUGUCCUGUAUGGAUAGCCCCAGCUUCCGUGCAGUACGCGAUUUCAAGUCCUGGCAGAGAUGAAGGGAGAAGCGGUUUUCUUUGGGAAAGAAGAAAAGAAUCCGCUCCGUCAACAAUUUUCCCACCCCAAAAAGCGUCCCGUCUCCCUACAGUAUCAUCAAUCAGAACGCGUGGCCGUGGUGGGCAUGAUCGUGGUCGUCAGGUUAAACUACUGUGGUGCAAACCCAAUGAGAGCGAAAUGGAUCAAAGAACUCUCCAAUGAGAACCUGAAAACUGCAAGCAAAGCGCAUAUCUGUGUUCCUUCCCCCC